GAGACGUGAGAAAGGAAUGAAUAAGAACGACAACUAUUCAUGUAGGUGUUGUCUUUUAACACGCCCCAUGCACACCAUGAGGAGGGACGUCGCUCGUUUAAUAACCAGUUUGUGGUGUAACCUGUGUGGCAGAUACUUCAUUCAGAACUUCGGUUGGCAUGAUGGGUAAUUGUUGUAUGUCGAGUGCGGAGCAAGAAGCUCAAAGAAUCCACCAGGACAUCGAGAGACAGCUCAGAAUGUCCAGAAAAGAAACGCAGCACCAGGUGAAGCUGUUACUUUUAGGUGCAGGCGAGAGCGGAAAAAGCACCUUCAUCAAGCAGAUGAGGAUCAUCCAUGGAAAAGGCUACUCGGAGGAUGACAGGAGGACCUAUACCAGGUCCAUCUUCCAGAAUAUAUUCGUUGCAGUGCAAGCCAUGCUCGAAGCCAUGCAGAUGCUUCAGAUCCCGUUCACAACUGACAGAAAUAGAGGUUAUGCUGCGAUGCUGCUUAAUGUGAAUCCAGAAGAAAUGAGCACUAUAGAUAAGCGCUAUGCUGAUGCUAUAAGCAGCAUGUGGCGAGAUCCCAGCAUGCAGGAGUGCUACGAGCGGAGGAGAGAGUACCAGCUCUCUGAUUCGGCCAAAUACUACCUGGAUGAUCUGGAGCGAAUAUCAGGUCCCCUUUACGUGCCCACUGAGCAGGAUAUUCUCCGAGUACGAGUUCGCACCACUGGAGUCAUCGAGUACCCCUUUACCAUUAGCUCUGUUGUAUUCAGGAUGGUUGAUGUCGGGGGUCAGCGUGCAGAGAGGAGGAAAUGGAUCCAUUGUUUUGAAGACGUGACUUCUAUCAUUUUCCUGGUGGCACUGAACGAGUAUGACCAGGUCCUGUAUGAGAAUGCUGAUGAGAAUCGUAUGGAAGAGAGUAAAUCACUCUUUAAGACCAUCCUCAACUACGCAUUUUUCCAAAGGACCUCCUUCAUCAUCUUUUUCAACAAGACAGAUCUCCUUCAAGAGAAAAUCUCCAAGUCCGACCUCGCAGACUACUAUCCUGAAUACGACGGCCCCAAGAACGAUGCAAACGAAGCGAUGAAGUUCAUCCGCAAUAUGUUUGAAGCUCAGAACUCCGAGGCAUGCAAGCGCCUGUACUCGCAUUUCACUUGUGCGACAGACACAGAAAAUAUCCGCUUAAUCUUUUCAGCUGUGAAAGACACCAUCAUGAGGGUCCAUUUAGAGGACUUCGGCCUGAAUUAGAACAUCUGCAGCUCUGACUUUUAUUUUGAUAUUAGAAUUAUUUAUUUACUACAGUUAUUUAGAUGUCACAUUCCUUACAGAAGAAUCACGAGUCACUUUACAUAUGUGCUUUUUCUACUUCGCAUAUUGUUUCACAAAUUUUUGACGUUUUUAUUUUUUUUUCCAGAUGUGAUUUGUUUUGCAUGAUUUUGGUUUGACAUUUAUGUAUGUAAAUUUUUCAUGUGUUCACAUAUUCGUGUUCACAUGAGCAGUUUCAAGGCAUAACAUGGUGAACUGCAUCUUCACAUCAACAUAUGAUCACAUGAAAUGGAUCUGAAUUUUCUGUAAGGGUUGUGAUUGAUUUUUUUUAAUUUAUUUUAUUUUUUUUUAUUUAGGACAGAUGUGCUUUGUUUUGUAUGUUGAAUGUUUCUGUAACUCUACGGUGUAAUACUGCCAAUAUUGCUGUUAAAAGGUUCCUUUAUUUUUGUACAAAAACACAUUUUCCCAUUUAGAAGUUGGAACUUUUUAACAUUCAAACCCUUAAGGAACUGCUUUUAUUUUCUCUAAAAGUCUAGGUGUGUAGCUAGCCCAAAUAACCUUCCAUUUAUAGUGUAUCCUAUCUGAUGUUUCCAAAGGAGAGAUAUUUAAACAUACGCAUUCUUCAGAAACACCAUUAAAUCCAAUAAUGCAACUAAAUGGCAUAUUAACAUUUUGGGAUUCAGCAAUAACCAUGAACGUGUUCUGUGUUGUAGUUUAGAAUAUGUCCAUUAGAUGGCAGCACUGUAUUUGGGUCGGUCUACUAGUAAUCAAGUCAUCCUAGAUUGAUUCACUGAGUCAGAUCAUUUGACUCAGCUCAGAAUAAGACUCGACUCUUUCGGCUACCAAACGACUCAAUGUUUUUUUUUUGGUUUGUUUUUUUUUGUUUGUUUUUUUAUGUUUGGCUGUUUGCAAUAUGAAAGAUGAUUAGCCUUCUUAGGAGCACGGUGGCUUAGUGGUUAUCAUGUUCACUUCGCACCUCCUGGGUUAGGGGUUUGAAUCCCGCCUCCGCCCUGUGUGUGUAGAGUUUGCAUGUUCUCCCUGUGCCUUGUGGGUUUCCUCCGGGUACUCCAGUUUCCUCCCCCAUUCCAAAGACGUGUUAUAGGCUCCUAAUUGUCUUUAGUAUGAGAAUGUGUGUGCCAUUGUGCCCUGCGAUGGGUUGGCACUGCCCUGCCUUGUUCCCAGAGUUCCCUGGUAUGGGCUCAAGGUGACCCUGUGUAGGAUAAGCAGUAUGGAAAAUGGAUGUAUGGAUGGAUGAUUAUCCUUCUUUGCCUAACAUGAGUAAAAUUAUUUUAGGAAAUCUUGCUCUAGUUUGUAAUUAACAGAAAAACAUUACAUCACAUAUAUUAAAAUAACUGAUAAUCAGGGAAAACAAUACAAACAUGCAUUGGCAAAUACAGUAACUAUCCCUGCCUGAAUGUCUCUGAAGCUUAUUUCAAUAACUUUUACUAGUACAGUAACAUCAUUGCCUCCAUUAAAAAAAAAAUGGCUCGGCUCAUUGAGUCGACUCUUUUAGAUGAACGUUGAGAGCUGAUUCAAAUGUGCGAUCUAACAAUUGAACAAUUAUUAAAUAUGUUUUAUAAAAUCCAUUGUAAAGCAAUGUUCUUGGGUUAAUUAGAAGGUAAAGUAAGAUGAACCAAUUUCAGCCCUAGUUAUGCGAAGAAGGUUAAUUACCGGUCAUAAUACCGCACACUGGCAAUGAACUGUUUGGGAGCUGAAAGAGUCGGCUCUACCUGGUGAGCCCCAGACAAAUGAUUAGUCUCACCCAAACGAGCUGGAUUUCCCAUUCCAAGUCGCCACAUGGAAAUGGAAAUAUUAGGCGCCUCAUGUGUCCAACUGAUCACUUAUCAACUCUCCAUAUUCACUUUAAAGAGCCGAGUCAAAGAGCCGACUCGUUCACAUCAUCAGUAGCACCUAAUCCACCUCCUUUAUUGAUGCACUGUUCUGUUAAAAGUGGCUUAGUGUUUAAGCUGUUGAUAGAAAUGACAGAACAUGAGAGUAGACUUAAACACUACUGAACGGGUUUAGAGAUCUUAGUAAUUAUUUAGAAGGUUUAGCAUAUUGCGUUUGUAUGAGCGUUGUAUUCUCGAGUUGUUUGCUAGUAAGGUAGCUAGCUAUUUAGUUGAAAAAGUGGCCCAACCAUGUAUUUUACCUCUGAAAAACUGGUAUAGUUAUACUAUCUACACUAAACUCUGAUCUGUAAAGUACUGUUAUAUUACUCAUUGUCCUGAACCACUGCUGUGAUCAAAGAAUUUGGGAUCUGCCAACCUUAGGUUUAGAGCACACUAGUCUGAUAGAAUCCAACAAAUGAUUUGAUAUUAAACAUGUAUUUUUUUUUUUUUAGACAGACAGAUAUACAUCUUGGCUUUUUAAAAAUUUUUUUAUAUAAAAUGUGUUAUUCUGUCCGAAAUGGAACGCUGCUUUAGGUUUUAAACCGACUCCGUCUUAGUAAAUUGUAAAUGCUGCAUAUUUUAACAUGUAUUGCACACUUGUAAGCAUUUUCACUGACUCCUUGGAAUUUAUAAGGCUGCUCGAAGGUUCCACCUCAGUCAUAGAUUAUUUAUCAUUAAGUAUAAAUGUUAUAAAUAUAAUGGAAUUUUUUUUUUUUUGUUUAAUGCAAAAGAGAAAAGAUGUAUCUGCUUUGUCCUAGAGAAGACGAAGCUUCUUGUAUGAUAUUCUCUGGGAAGUUAAGACAGAAGAAAAAAGUCACUGCACACCAACACCAAAACCUCAACUCAUUUGUGAAGCAUGGUGGAGGGUGCAUCAUGGUCUGCAGCUGCUUUGCUUUUGAGAGUCAAAACCUUAUGGCUCAAUAUUUUAAGAUCACAUAAUUCAAAUUAUAACGAUAAAAAAAACCCCCUUAUAAUUCCAAGGUCCUGCUAGGUCUUAAAGCAGCUGUCUAUACCAAAAAGUUUUGUUGUAUACUUAAAAUAUUUUUAAAAUAUUUUUGUCUUGUUUCCCCUCAGUUAAUAUUAUAUUGUGAUUGAAUUUGCUCAUAUUUCUAGUGUAUCUCGUGAUUUUUAUGUCGAGAAAUGACCAAAUUUCUGACAUGAUUAGUCCUUUUGUGUGUCGUGGUUGUUGUUAUUUUAUUUUUUUUGUCCAUUUCACUUUCCAGUUUGAAAGAAGAAACAAUAUCUGCUCUAUUGCUUGUACUGUAUUCCUUCAUUUCUAAGCUCUGCUUCUGAUCCGCUGUUCACUCGUUGUUACCGCACUGCCAUAGUGAUGACCUUUGGAGCAGAAAGCUGCAGUAAGAGCGAUUAAGUACAACCUGAUCGUCCAAGAUGGGCCUGGGAUUCGAAGCGAAGGUGUGCUAAGAUAAACACAGCAAAUUUCCAGUUUAAAGGGACAGUCAGUGACUUUGGUGGGCGCAAGCCGAAGUGCUGUUUUGACGCACAAAAUACAAACAAAUACAAUCCCUCUUUUCAGCCUGAAUGAGCCAGAGCUUUUUGAAUUCAUGGGCAAGUAGAAGAGACCACUCCAUGUCCUGAUUGGUUGGUGUUGAAUUUGAGGUCCCCAGCCUGACAUGCCUGCUGUGAGCACGUAUUUAUUUGAAACUGUUUGAAUGUGAGAAAAACAACAAAUAUUACAAUGUUCUUGAGGGUACAGCUAGCGAAUGAUUAAGAGAUAGCAGUGCUUCAAGGAUGAUGUCCUAUGGGAAGAUAGAUAGACAGAAUUUGAAGAGAAGACAGGAACGGCACAGUAACACCAAAAUCUCCUCAUCUGUGAAGCAUGGUGGAGGUAGCGUCCACCUGCAAAGUGGCUGCAUUAUGGACGAUUUUUGAGGAAAGUUUUUAAGUAUCAAGACAUUUUACAGGAACAUUUCAGGGUAGUGUUGUCAUCUAAAGCUUAAAGACGUUUGGUGAAUAAACAAGACAAUGACCCCAGCCAAAAAUCCCCCAAAAAACCCAGGACAAUCAACAACAGAAAAUUAGUAUUUUGGUACGGCCGAACCAUAGCUCAAAAUGAGAUGCUGUGUCAUGACAUGUAGAGGGCAGUUCAUGCAAGAAAGUCCAGAAAUAUCGGCAAACUGAAACAGUUUUGUAGGAAGAACUUUCUAAAAUUCCAAAAGUCCAAUCAGCUUCUAUAGGAAACAUUUGCUUACAAUAUGUGGAGGAUAUUGCUGCUCAAGGAUGUUUCAAUGCAAUGGUUCACAUCCUUCUUCUAGUCAUUACUGUUAAUGAUUAAUCUAUAUGGAAAAACUGAAUGUAUUGCCUGCUGUCAUAUCAAGUUCAGACCACAUGUUAAG